GCAUUCUACCAACAAUCUAGCCAGCUGCUCUGGACGGCCCUAACAGCGUUUGUCCAGCUUCGUAGACAUCGAGUUCAUCCAGCCGGCAUGCGCGAUCCAAGCGGGCAAUGCUGUUGCCAGCCACUGCUGGAUGAGUUCAAGUGCUCCAAAUUUUCACUGCACCACGAUGAGCCUGCGGACUUUUGUCGCUCCCAGUGGCAACGAGGCGAACGCUGCUUCAUCUGGCUGAUCUAUCGUUGGCUUCUGGCCGCCUUCUUUGCGGGCGGUGUCAUUAGCAGCCUAGUGCAGGAAUUUAAAGACGGCACGUGGUUCAUCUAUCUGACCGAUUGGGGCUUCACUUUGUGUUUCUAUGCCUGCGCCUAUGGCGCCGUAAUAGCCACCAUAUACUUUAUAAGGCCCAGCUACUUUGAAUCUGGUAGCUGGGCACUCAAGAUUUACUGGUGCUCGCACUAUACGACCACCGUUCUGGCCAUGAUAAUAACUUUGGUGUUUUGGGCAGCGCUGUAUCCCAGCAUGGCUGGUGGGCCCAUUGGACUAUACAAUCUCUGGGCGCAUGCGUUUAAUUCCGUUUGCAUGCUUUUCGAUUGUUUUAUUGUGGCUUUUCCCACGCGCCUGAUGCACUUUGUAUAUCCACUUGCUGUGGGCCUCAUCUAUGGCCUGUUCUCGCUAAUCUACUUCUGGGCAGGCGGCGUAGACUUCUUUGGUAAUCGGUUUAUAUACUUUAUUCUGGACUGGGAGAGGCCGGGUUUGGCCAUUGGCAGCGUUUGUGGCUGCAUCGUUUUAGCGCUGAUCUUUUGUGUAUUAAUUUUCUGGAUCUAUAGACUAAGAUUGUGGAUGUACGAGCGCUGCGGAAAGAAGGAAAACUCGGAAGAAAUGGAAACACGAGUGGCUAUUCCUACGGUAACUGCUCAAACCGUUUAAAUAAUAAAUUGAGUCUGAAUUUUUUA